CUGACUCGACAGAUCAUCACAUGGAACGACUACGGCGAAUCGCAUUACAUCGGCCCCGUCUACGAGGCAGGCAUUCCGGAGGGCGCCUCUCGAUACGUGAACAACAACCCACACGACUCGUGGCGAACCCUGCUUCCGUACUACAUCGACGCCUACAAAUCGGGCAACCAGAGCACGACGACUCCUGAGGAGGACAUCAUCACGUACUGGUACCGCCCGAACCCCAGCAGCGCGGGCAGCGCGGGCGGCACGACGGGCAACAACCCGGCGAUGGGGCAGCCCGUCAUGGCACCGGGAAAAGUGUCACAGGACAAGGUCUUUGUGACGGUCCUCGUGCAGGAACCCAGCCAGGUGACGGUGCAGAUCGGCUCAGAGGGCACACCGACGACGCUGGACGCCAACCAUGCGGGCAUCAACCACUUCUCGGUGCCGUUCAACGGGCAGACGGGCCCUGUGUCGUUGGCCAUUGUGCGGGAUGGAAAGACGGUGGUGUCGACGACGGGGCCGGCCAUUACGACAGAGUGUACGGAUGGUCUCGUCAAUUGGAAUGCGAUUGUUGGGUCGGCGAAGCCGAGCAAUACGACGGUUGACAAGACGGUCUAG